AUGAAAUUUUUCACUGUUCUGCUGCUGGCCAACAUAGCCUCCACCUCUCUCGCCGACCUUCAUGCUUCCCAGUUCAUUCCAACCAGUCAUCCCAAGAAAGACCAUGUUUCCAAGGGGGAUCUUUCUAAGGAGUCUUUCAUCUUCAGAGAAGAGUUGAUUUCCUAAGAGAAUGUGGUGAUUAAAUCUACCAGACCAAAGAAUCAAAAACCCCAGAUGCUCCUCCCCAUAUUCCAAGAGGACAGGUUCAGAAAUGCUGAGCUUCAUUUAGAAGAGACCACACAACUCAUUCCUGAUGCUGGGAUGACAACCACCUCAGAGGGGAAACUAGUCAAGAUUGUCCAUGAAAUCGGGAAGGAACUGCACAAAGCAUUAGGAGGACUAAUGAACUAUGUAGAAGACAUAAUCCCUAAUGCCAAUGGGGUCAUUAGGCCCUAA